AUGACGCUCUCCCCGCCCCUCAAUGGCCUGAAGGUCAUGGAAUUCGCCGGCCUAGCACCAGGCCCCUUCGCAGGCAUGAUGUGCGCAGACUUCGGCGCCACAGUCCUGCGCAUCGACCGCGCACAAUCCAACACCAUAGCCCCCACCCCCGACACUCUCACCCGACGCAAGCACUCCAUAUGCGUCAACACGAAGCGGCGCGAAGGCGUCGAGCUGCUCAAAGCCAUGAUCCCCACCAUGGACAUCCUCAUCGAGCCCUUCCGGCCCGGCGUGAUGGAGAAGAUGGGUCUGGGGCCCGAGGUGCUGAUGCGACUGAAUCCGCGCUUGAUCUACGCGCGCAUGACGGGCUUCCGGCGCGACGGGAAGUACGCGAGUAUGGCGGGGCAUGAUAUCAAUUACAUCGCUGUGUCGGGGGCUUUGUCGAUGCUGGGGAGGAAGGAUGAGACGCCGUAUGCUCCGGGGAAUAUUCUGGGGGAUUUUGGUGGUGGAGGACUGGUGUGCUUUUUGGGGAUUGUGUUGGCUGUUGCGAGUCGCGAACGCACGGGGUAUGGGCAGGUGGUGGAGGCGAAUAUGGUGGAUGGGGCUGCGUAUCUCGCUACCAUGCCUCGACUUUCACAGAAGGGCCCUUCAUGGAGUGCGCCCCGAGGGACAAAUUUGUUGGACGGCGGAGCGCCGUUUUACGAUACUUAUGUCACCAAGGACGGCGGGUACAUGGCUGUGGGCGCCCUGGAGCCGCAGUUUUUCGCAGCCUUGUUGAAGGGGCUCGAGAUUGACGAAAAGUCGAUUGGCGGGAACAGGCUGGACAAAAAGACAUGGGAGAAACAAAAGAAGAUGUACACGGACAAGUUCAAGUCGAAGACGAGAGCGGAGUGGGAGAAGGUGUUCGACGGCACAGAUGCGUGUUGCACCCCCAUCCUAACGAAUGCGGAACUGGAGAAGGCCGGUUUCGAUCAUCGGCCAAUCGUUCAUCUGAACGGCACGCCUGCAAUGGCGAUCCAUGACGGCGAUCCCGAUGAUCGACCGGCGAGACAAGGCCAGGGGUUGGGAAUCGAGGGCAGUGGAUGGGAUGUCAAGGGAUUGAAGCCUGGUGACGGUGGCGAGGAGAUCCUGGCAAUCUGGAUGGGGUGGCAGAAGGGUCGGCAUUACGUUGAGAAGGAUGGAGGGUAUGAGCACGUGGAGGCGGGGCUGCGGCCGAAGAUAUGA